CAGGACAUAGCUCCUGGAAUUUAUGGCUAUCCUGGAUGACUGUAAUUUCCAGUCCUUUGACAACAGUCAUCCUCUGCAUGAGUACACAUCAGUCAUGCAAGCCAUCCGUUUAGAAAAGCUCAAGGCUCUCAGGAACAGAGAAGCUGCCUGGAGAACUCCCUGUUCCGCCACGGCUGAAGCGCUGGGAACCGUGAGGCGUAGGAGCACGGCUCUGGGGGUUUCGGUACUGUCAGCAAGCUGUCAAGUGGAAAGAAGAAAACAGAAAUUUUUAGAGUGCUCAUUUUACAGUAUUUUAAGUCCUCUGAGAAUUUCAACCCUUUUCUGGUGUAUGUAAAGACAAUUUAGGAGAAUUAAUUUACUCUGAAACAUAUGUUUAGAGCUGUAUUUUGUGUUGUUGACUCAAUUCUCCAUCUACAGUCUACAAGUUAAUUGAAAAAUUGAAUACAGCAGCAAACCUUCUCAGUCUUGAGGAAAUUUGUUCCAUCUACAUAAUGGGAAGACUUUUGGUUUUUUAUGUAUUUUUAUUCUACUGGCAUUUCCUAAAUGCUUUAUUCACUGUUGAAGCUCCUCAGUCACUCUGCAUUGUGGAACGUGGGAACAAUGUCACCAUGGAAUGCACAUUUCCAGUGAAUGGGAAAUUAGAGUUUAGAGAUUUAAGUGUCAGCUGGGAAAAGAAAGAUGGGUUGAAGCAGGUUUAUGUACUUCACAAAGGAAAGGAAGACUUAAAAAAUCAGCAUAUUGACUUUAAGGGAAGAAUAAAAUUGUUGAAAGAGAAUCUGAACUUGGGACGGUCUCUCCUUCAGAUCACUGAUGUGAAGCUCAGAGAUGCAGGGGUUUACCGCUGUGUUAUUGCCUAUGGGGGAGCUGACUACAAGACAAUCCAUCUGAAAGUUAAGGCUCCUUACAGAAUUAUAAACCAAGGUGUUGUGAGCACAGGACACAAUGAAUGGAGGUUGACAUGUCAGUCAGAAGGAUACCCAGAAGCUGUAGUGAUAUGGCAAAAUAGAAACUAUGAAGAUUUGACUUAUAAGGCAAACACAAGGUUUGAAACUGCAAGUGACCAGCUGUACCUUGUGACAAGUACCCUUACAAUCAAAAGUGGAAUUGACGAGAUUUUUUACUGUACAUUCUGGAAUAAAGAGCUGCAAGAAAAUACAACUGCCGUUUUACACAUAGCAGAUUCAACUGAUGGCAUUCUCCAGACUGAGAGCAGACGUUUUGUUGGAGCAACUCUCAUUGCUACUGCUUUUGUUGGAUCAGUGCUUCUAUUUCUGCUCUGCAUAAGAAAAGCUAGAGCAAAUAAGGGCAACAGAACACCUGUGGCAAGUCCAUCAAUAGCAGAGCUGUCAAAAGAUAAGGAUACACACAACUGCAGAGAUGCUUCUUUUGAAGACCAAGAGCUGAAAUAUAUGCAAAUUGAGAAGACCUAGAGAGAGCAGGAGAAGACUUUUUUCCCUCUAUUGUGAAGAUUUGACAGCUCAAGUGUUCUGUGUUCUAUGUAUUGAAGGGGAUAUAAAAUUUUUUUGUAUUUAUUGUGUGAUGGCAAUCUUCUAUAUUGUAACACAGGAAAAAAUUUAAUGAAGUUAAAAUAAUUAUUAUAGCAUAAAAAAUUACUGAAUGCAGGCUUCUGUAUGUAUGACUAGAUAUUGAGAUAUUUAUUUAAAUAUCAAAGUUUCUACCUUGUCAAGUGUAGGGAAAUGUGUCCUUCAAAGAUUUUAUUUAAUUGAAUGUAUCUUUCAUAUAAAGCACUUUAGGUCUAUGACCAUCAUGAAUUUCACAGCUAGCUCUUGAUAAGUCAUCUUCUGAAACUUUUUUCUUCCUUCACCCGAGCUCCCAAUUUCCUGCACAUAACUGGUUUUCCAUCAUUUAAAGAAUCUUUUCAAUACUUUGAUCCUCAUAAAAAGUGCAGCAAGGCAAGUUGCCAUACAUACAGGGCACUUUUGGUCCUUAAAAUACCAGAUGCUCACAGCUAAGCAUGAAAAAAAUGAUUUAAAACUCUUGGUAACUAUGGUUUGGAAAUUAAAUAAUACUAAGCUUUUUGACAUCUUUCUUUGAAAAGCAUUUUGAGCAUUUAAUUUCCUCAUUAUAUUGUCGGCACUACUUGGUUUCUGCUUACUGUCUUCUGAUUUACAGUCUGGGGAUAAUACAAUUCUUUGGACAUUUAGGAAAAGCAGCCCUUGCUUUGGAUGACCAUUUUGUUUUCUUGGGAGUGGAAGAAAGAAAGCCUACUUACUUCCAGGACAUGAAAAUAUAUGCACAUGUGAUUACAUAGAAAUGCUGAAGAACAUGUGAUUACAUAGAAAUGCUGAACCUGUUCCUGGAUCCCAUUUCACAAGUUAUUGUUGUAUUGCAUUUUGUUAAGUGCAUUGCUUUAUGGGGCGGGAUCAUACACAGGUGAAAAAAAAAUAUUACAAUGGUAUUCACAUAGUAUUUUUUAAAUAAAAUGUGUUUUCUUUU